AUGUCAUCAUCAUCAUUAUUAUUAUCGAAUCUUCGUAUUCUUGCUCAUCCUCAUUACUCAUUUAAUAUAUUUCUAUCUGUUUUUUAUCUUGUAUUAAAACAAUUUAUACCAAAAUCUUUAUGUUCAUAUGUAUUUAUAAAUGAUACAAUAACAACACAAGAUACACAAGUAUUAUUACUUUUA